UCUCCACAGUGCCCUCUGCUCCUUCUGCCCACGAUCUUCCUUGCUCUGCCCACAUUGCUGGCCUCAGGCCCAGACACCUGCUCCGGUCCAGGGAAAUGACUGCCCUUCGAAUGCUGUGGAUGGGGCUGGUCCUGCUGGGGCUCUUGGGAUUCCCACAGACUCUAGCCCAGGGUGAGGGCCAUGUCUCGGUACAGCCCAACUUUCAACAAGGAAAGUUCCUGGGGCCCUGGUACGUCGUAGCCCUCGCCUCCAAUUCAACCUGGUUCCGGGAUAAGAGAACAGGAAUGUUUAUGUGCAAGUCAGUGCUAGCUCCCUCCACAGACGGCGGCAGCCUCAACCUCACCUCUAUCUUCCUCAGGAGAAACCAGUGUGAAACCAAGAUCAUGAUACUGCAGCCUGGGAAGGUUCCCGGACAGUUCAACUACCGCAGUCCCCACUCCGGCAAUACCCAAGCCAUCUCCGUGGUGGAAACCAACUACAACGAGUAUGCACUGCUGCUCAGCACGGGCACCAAGGGCAUGGGCCAGCCCUUCCGCAUGACCAGCCUCUACAGCCGAACCCAGACCAUAAAGGACGAACUAAAGAAGAAAUUCACCACCUUUAGCCAUGACUACGGCCUCACAGAGGAAGACAUUGUUUUCCUGCCCCAACCGGAUAAGUGCAUUUAAAAGUGAGAACAGGUGAGAGAGGCCAGUGGGCUGCGUUCACUUGGUGAUCUGGCCCUCAGGACUCCUUCUGUCACUUUCGAGACCACAGCCCUGGCUCCCCAAAGUGCUUCUACACCCUGCAGCUUUGUCUUGAUUAAGAAAUAAAGUCCAAAGCAAAUCA